AUUCAGUGAGCGAUGCAUUGUGGGUAACAGCAAAUCCAGGAUGGCGGCGAGCAGGCGACUGCACAAGGAACUUGAUGAAAUUCGCAAAUCUGGAAUGAAAAAUUUUCGCAACAUUCAAGUGGAUGAGUCAAACAUUCUGACUUGGCAAGGACUCAUCGUUCCUGACAACCCUCCAUACGAUAAAGGUGCAUUCCGUAUUGAGAUCACAUUCCCUGCAGAAUAUCCAUUUAAACCUCCAAAGAUCACAUUUAAGACAAAGAUCUAUCACCCAAAUAUUGAUGAGAAGGGUCAAGUGUGCCUCCCGGUCAUAAGCGCUGAGAACUGGAAACCUGCAACCAAAACUGACCAAGUAAUCCAGUCACUCAUCGCUCUCGUCAACGACCCCCAACCAGAACACCCGUUGAGGGCCGACCUAGCAGAGGAAUAUUCAAAAGACCGUAAAAGAUUCUUUAAGAACGCAGAAGAGUUUACAAAGAAACAUGGCGAGAAGCGGCCAGUGGAGUGAUAUCACAUGGGCAUGUCUCCCUCGUUUCUUCUUUGCCCACUCCUCUAAAACCGUCUCCCCCAAUCUGAGUCCCCGCCAGUCAGCGUGCCCUCUCUGUCACCCUGCAUUGAGCCCGUGGAGCCCAUCGUCCCUUCGGCAGAAAGACUUCUGGGUGUUGAUUGGCUGGUGUAAAUGUGUGUAAAUGAGAACUUAAUAAAAGUGGUAAGAUGUGGGGGCGGGGCUAAGAGAGUGAAAGGUUGUUUCUUUUAAUUUCUUCUUAAAUUGCACAGAGAUGUGUUCAAGUCUUGCAAUCUGCUGUGCGAUUGAAUCUUGACUGUUUUCAUAGCAGAGUACUACAGAGUAUAAUGUUAAGUUGUUUCACAUUUAUGACAAAGUAAAAUCCAAUAGUUCAUUGUAUAGAAACACAAUACAUCAAUGUUCUAAAGGUGAGUGGCAACUGUUUCUUUAACUGUAUAUUUCAACUUUGUUUUUUAUUGUUUUUGCUUAGGUUGCACUGUUCUCUCUGGAGUGAGUUUUCAUGUUCUGCAUAAUCUCUGUUUGUAACUAAUUAAAUCACAGCUUGGUUACUGUCACCAACAUAAUGUUUAUGAUGUCAUAAAAAGGAAAGCAA